UUCAGACAUCAAAAUGUCUCUCACGAGCCAAGACAAUGAAGAAUCGAUGGGAAUAUACGAUUACAGUAUUAACUGUGACAUGAAUGUCCUGUUACGGCUGAGGAAGCUGUCCCAGAAUGAAGAUCCUUCUUUGGCUAACAAGGACUACGAGAGUCUCGACUACGAUUGUUGUUUCAACAAACCUUAUCGAGCCAUGUUGCAGGAGAAGCAGAAAAGAUUCCCGGAAGUAAGAAUCGAACUUGUGAAAUGGGUCGUCACAUUUUUUGUUGGUUUUCUAACAGCGAUGGUAAGUAGGAUGGUUGAUGCGGCCUUCGGGGCCCCAAUUGGCGGGGUACUGUUCAGCUUGGAGGAAGGGUCUUCGUUUUGGAAUCAAGAUCUAACAUGGAGGACGUUCUUCUGUUCCAUUGCGGCGACAUUUUCUUUGAAUUUCUUCCUGUCUGGUCUGGAAUCCUCCAGUUCCUGGGGCUAUUUCUACCGACCCGGUCUCAUCAACUUUGGUCUGUUCAGAUGUGCCAAUAAUGCAGGACCCGACUGUUACCUGUGGAAUAUUACAGACCUUCUUAUAUUCAUACUGAUGGCCAUCAUCGGAGGUUUUCUCGGGGCGACAUUUAAUUUCAUCAACCAGCGACUGACCAAAUACCGGAUGGCUCACCUGAAUAAGAAAUCAAUAGUCAUCAGGUUAAUGGAAGCUCUCCUUGUCUGUAUGGUGACGGCAACCGUUAGUUUCACGGCCGCCAUGACACUUGGAAAGUGUCACAGGCUUUCACACCUGGUACGUGUCUGUUAUUUUGUUGAUUUAAAAUUCUGGGGAUACGAAUCAGGUUAUGCUGGAACCUACUCCCUUAUAGGGGCCGCUGCCUUCCUUGGGGGCGUUGUCAGAAUGACAAUCAGCCUCACUGUCAUUCUCAUCGAAUCAACCAAUGAAAUCAGCUACGGCCUUCCCAUCAUGCUUGUGCUCAUGGUCUUCAAUAUUUCAACUGCUCUCCGCAUCUUUUCCUGGUCUCCUUACUUCCGUAUUCACCUUCCAACCACUUCCAACCCUUAUUCCCGUAACCUCACUAAAGCUACCUUUGUCCUCGUCAGGUUGACUGCUGCCGAUAUAAUGAAGGAGAAAGUCCUGUACGUGUUCCCUCAUACCAGGAUCUCGACCAUAGAAAAAAUUCUGAAGACCAGCGCACACAACGUCUUCCCUGUUGUUUCCUACUGUGAAUCGAUUAAAAAGGUAUGUCUUCGAAUUCUAACGAAUGAAAUGAUGACACAGCAACUCUGUCAUUGGUUACGGAAAAGUCAGAGAGAAAUGCAGUGUUUAUUUGCCUUACCUGUUAAUUCACGCUCGUCUAUUCGACGGCGAGUGGAACCAGCGACAGAAACGGAGAAACGAACCAAACUGGAAGGAAUCAUUCUACGGACACAGCUGACGGUUCUUCUGAAUAAUGGUGUGUUCUUUGAGGAAGGGUGUGAUCCAAAUACACAAAAGAUCUUAACCUAUGAGGAAAUGACCGCGGAUUAUCCCAGAUUUCCGGAAAUACACGAGAUUGACCUGUCUCCGGCUUUGGCCGAAAAAUUGCUGGAUGUCUCACCUUAUAUGAACCCGUGUCCUUACACCGUCUACCCAAACACACCCGUCUCGCAAGUGUUCCAACUGUUCAGAAGUAUGGGGCUCCGUCAUUUACCGGUUGUCAGCCAUGAUGGUGAGGCCUCUAACAUAGAAGAACAAGUUGGUAUCAGUUUCAGAACAGCUGUCAGGUAUCUCCACAAACUUGGUUGCUAUGGCAGAGCGGGAAGAAGGAAGCCACUUCGACCAGCCAAAAUCAAGCGGAGAAAAGAUUGGACCAGUGAAAUGGUGGAGAGGCCACUAGCAUUUUGGGACACUGUCACAUUCUCCAGUGAGUUCAGAUUUGCUGUAUUUCCUGAUAGUGGUCGAAUGUGGAAUUCUGGAGACUCUGUGAUCAAGAAUUGGAUGUGA